AGUAAUGGUAAAAGUAGUUUUUUAAUAGAAAAUGAAAUUGUUUUAUGGAAUUUAAAAAAAACGAAAGAGAAAGGGUUUUGUAGAAGAGAUGAGUAUUAUUUAGUGGUACCUACACCAAAUAUUUUUAUUGUUGCAUACAAGACACUACUGCCCGUAGCUAGCUAGGAAAUGGAUUCUUUCGGUUCAAAAACGACUAUUAUUCCCGUCUCCUUAAAGCCUUUCACCAAGACUGGGAGUCAAGGUGGCGCCGUCUUCACCACCGUCAAAACGGCCGUUCCUCCGUCGCUGAGGAAAACACAUAAGCUAUCGUCGUCGUUGCUGCCUAGGAAGGCUACUAAAGACAAUAACCUUCCUACGAAGGUACUUAAUUUGGCUGAUGAGUUCAUUGACGCUUUUAUUGACCCUCCCGGCCUCCGCUCCUCCGUCGAUCCCCGCCAUGUUCUCUCGUCCAACUUUGCCCCCGUCGACGAGCUGCCGCCGACGGAGUGCGAGGUCGCCGAGGGGUCUCUCCCGUCCUGCCUCGACGGUGUGUACAUCCGCAACGGCCCCAACCCCCAGCACCCGCCGCGUGGCCCUUACCAUCUCUUUGACGGGGACGGGAUGCUCCACGCGGUCCGGAUUUCGGGCGGGAAAGCCACCUUCUGCAGCCGCUACGUUAGGACUUACAAGUUCGAGGUAGAGCGGGAAAUCGGCCGACCCGUCUUCCCGAGCGUCUUCUCCGGUUUCAACGGCCUAGCUGCCAUCGCUGCCCGCGGAGCACUCGCCGCUGCCCGAACGCUCUCGGGGCAGUACGACCCCGCCAACGGGAUCGGCCUCGCCAACACCAGUUUAGCCAAUUUUGGCGGAAAGCUCUACGCGCUCGGAGAAUCGGACCUCCCUUACGCCGUUAAAAUGGCUCCCGACGGUGACAUCAUCACCCUCGGCCGUCAUGACUUUGGCGGGAAGCUCAAGACAAACAUGACGGCCCACCCAAAAAUUGAUCCUGCCACGGGCGAGGCGUUCGCCUUCCGGUACGGCCCGGUCCCGCCAUACCUGUCUUUCUUCAAAGUCAAUGCGGACGGGACCAAAGAAAGGGACGUUCCCAUCUACUCCGUGGCGCGACCGUCGUUCAUGCACGACUUUGCGAUCACGGAGAACUACGCCAUCUUCACCGACACACAAAUAGAGAUGGCGGCGAACCCACUCGACCUGCUUUUGAAGACAGGGGACACGCCCGUGAGGGCGGUCCCCGAGAAGGUCCCGAGGAUCGGGGUGAUCCGGAGGGACGCGAAGGAGGGGUCGGGGAUGAGAUGGGUGGAUGCGCCGGGGUUCAACAACGUGCACGCCAUAAACGCGUGGGAGGAGGACGGGGGAGAGACAAUAGUGAUGGUGGCUCCCAACAUAUUGGGCGUGGAACACGCGCUGGAAAGGGUGGAUAUGAUACACGCGUCGAUGGAGAGAGUGAAGAUCGAUCUGAAAACCGGAAUGGUUUCCCGGCACCCGCUCUCCACCAGGAACCUGGAUUUUGGGGUCAUCAAUCCUGCCUACGUCACUAAGAAAAACAAGUUUGUGUACGCAGGCGUAGAGGAUCCGAUGCCAAAGAUAAGUGGAGUGGUGAAGCUGGACAUCUCGGUGACGGAAACCGACCGCCAGGAUUGCAUAGUGGCCAGUCGGCUGUACGGGGCUGGGUGCUUCGGGGGAGAGCCAUUUUUUGUGGGGAAAGAUAACGGAGGCGUGGAUGAGGAGGACGACGGGUAUAUUCUUUCGUACGUGCACGAUGAGAAGAGGGGAGAGUCGAGGUUCGUCGUCAUGGACGCUCGGACUCCCCAUCUUGACAUUGUGGCCGCUGUCAAGCUCCCCCGUCGGGUUCCUUAUGGCUUCCACGGCAUCUUUGUUCCUGAGGCUCACCUACUCAACAUGCCUUAAUUAAUUACUUAUAUACUCUAUAGUAUGUGUCUAUGUGUGUGUGUGUUUCUUUAUUUGUAAAAUAAUACGGGAUAUUCCGU